AGUUAUUGGCGUUUUGUAAGGCGUGUUUCCCGAUUCUGACGCUGCCUGAACGCAGCAAAGCGUGGAAGCAAAUAUGGCGUCGAUUCUCUGCAGAGCGACCAAAGCCAUUGGCGGGUGCAUGCGUGGCUGUCGCGGCCUGUCUCAGCUGGCCGAGCUUCCGGAAACUCAUGAUAUGCUGCGUCGGACGUGUCGCGACUUUGCCGACCGGGAACUCACACCCAUCGCCGCCCGGCUGGACAAAGAGCAGACGUACCCGGCUCAGCAGAUCUUGGAACUGGGCGCCAUGGGCGUGAUGGCCAUGGAGAUCCCCGAGGAGCUGGGCGGCGCCGGAAUGGACUACUUGGCGUACAGUGUGGCCAUGGAGGAAAUCAGUCGCGGCUGCGCCAGCACCGGCGUGGUCGUCUCUGUCAAUAACUCUCUCUACUUGGGUCCGAUCCUGAAAUUUGGUACCGAGGUCCAGAAGCAGAAGUGGAUCAUGCCUUUCACCAGCGGCCAUCAGGUGGGCUGCUUCGCCCUAAGCGAGCCAGGCAACGGCAGCGACGCAGGUGCCGCGUCUACGGUGGCGCACCAGGACGGCGACCAUUGGGUCCUGAAUGGCACCAAAGCGUGGAUCACCAACAGCUGGGACGCUGCCGCCGCCGUUAUCUUCGCCACCACUGACAGGAAGCUCAAACACAAGGGCAUCAGCGCCUUUGUGGUGCCCAUGCCCCACCCGGGCCUGUCGCUUGGCAAGAAGGAGGACAAACUGGGCAUCAAGGCGUCGUCCACAGCCAACAUCAUCCUGGAGGACUGCAGGAUCCCGUUAGAAAACAUGCUGGGCCCCCGCGGCGCCGGAUUCAAGAUUGCUAUGCAAACUCUGGACAGUGGGCGCAUCGGCAUCGCGGCUCAGGCGCUAGGUAUCGCUCAGGCGUCGCUGGACUGCGCCGCCGAUUACGCGCACAAGCGUGAAGCCUUCGGAGCACCCAUCGGAAAACUGCAAGCCAUACAGUUCAAACUGGCUGACAUGGCGGUAGCCAUCGAGAGCGCUCGCCUGCUCACAUGGAAGGCGGCCCUCCUGCGCGACGCCAAGAGACCUUUCACUAAGGAAGCCGCAAUGGCCAAACUUGCCGCCUCCGAGGCCGCCACCUUCUGCUCCCACCAGGCCAUCCAGAUUCUGGGCGGGAUGGGCUACGUAACGGAUAUGCCCGCCGAGCGCCACUACCGCGACGCUCGUAUCACGGAAAUCUACGAGGGCACCAGCGAGAUCCAGAGACUGGUCAUCGCGGGACAGCUACUCAAGGACUACACGACCUAGCCCCGCCCCCACCCCAGCCGCUGACUCGAACAUGAACAACGGCAACAAAACAUGAGCACUUGCCAUAACUGAGACCAUGCAAGCUCUGCUCAUCCUGACCACUUGGACAAGUGAUGUGUGCCUCAACCACAAUCAUGAUUGUGAACGUGCAAAAUUAAAUGAAGUAGAAAUAUA